AUGGUAGGGACGCACGAGGAGCUCGACAAGCAGUUUGUACGAGCAAUGACGAUUGAUGAGAGUGAAGAUGAACAGCAGAAAGAUGAGAAAAAUCAAGAAUACGAGAAUGCUUUAGAUAACAUUGAUGGAUUUAGAAAUGAGAAUCAAAGACAUAGACGACUGAGUCGCUCUGUGUCUUCAUUAUCUUCUCGUUCAACUGCAUCGUUUGAAAACGACAAUUUUUUACCGUAUUUAGAAUCUGCUGCGAUUCAAUCUAAGAAAUAUAUGGCACGAAAUCAAGUAAAGUUCGUUUCUGAACAAGAAGAACGGAUGCGUCGAUUGAAGAAGAAUCGUGUUCGUCGUCAAAAUUUAGAAAAAUGGACACAAAAGACAGCACGAUCUCCUUUUCAUGUAAAUCUUGUAGCUGAUAAUGAACGACUGGAUGAAGAACAUCGUGUUAAUAUGAUAGAGCGUGCUCGUCGAGCUCGAGAGCUUGAGCGACGAGCUAAAGAAGCUAAGAGUGAAGUGAUUUUAAAAGCUUUGACGGAAACGUCAGAUCUUGAUCUCUUACGUCGUGAGAAGCGUGCAAUUAUUGAUGAAGAAAAGCGUCUGAAAGCUUUAUUGGACCUUGAAAAGACAAAUUCUCAUCGCAAGCUUGACCUUUUAGUAGCUCGAAGGGCAGAAAAACAUCGACGUCAAGAAAAAGAAGACUAUCGUCGACGUCAACGUCAACAGGCACUGAAAAAAAGAGAAGAACAAUAUAAACAAUUAUUGAGAGAAAAACUUGCUCUAGAUAAUUAA